AUGAAGCCUACAGACGUUCAAUUCGUCAUUGGGCUAUCCGGCUAUUUUGUCAAGGAUCUCGAGGCAGUUCGCCGGAGUCCAACAUAUGACCCUUUGCGUGGCAACAUCCCGCCGUGCACACCUGGUUUCCGCAGCGUCGUACAAGCCGGGCAAGUUAUUUCAAUUCUGCUACAUCUCCCAUGCGGCGAGGUCGCAGUUGGAGACUGCGUCGAUGUCAUUUUUUCUGGCGCUGCAUCCCGUGACUCCCUCUUCAUUGCAGAAGACCACCUCCCUAUCCUCGAGUCCGUGGUGAAGCCGUGGCUGCUCAGCUGCGACAUCUCGAACUUCCGGCAGAACGCCAAACGGGUUGACCUUCCCUGGAAGGAAUUACAGGGUCGCAGGCUUCACUCCGCAGUUCGGUAUGGUCUCACGCAAGCGCUCCUUGCAGCCACCGCACUGGUUCAGCGCCGUACCAUCGCCGAGGUGAUAUGUCGCGAGUGGAGUCUCGGCUCAAUUGCAGAUCGCCCCGUUGAUAUUCUCGCCUCCUGCCACCGCAAUGACACGCUCCAGCUGGACCGAAUGAUUAUGAAAAAGGCCCCGGUGCUCCCUCACGCCUCGUUUGUGCAUGUCUCCGAUAUAGGUCCCCAGGGCACGGUGUUGAUGGACUACGUGGGUACCAUCGCUCGUCGGAUCCAGGAACGCGCUCCACCGGGCUAUCAUCCUCGUCUCCAUUUCGAUGUCUACGGUACAGUAGGAGACGUCUUCCCGGAGACGACGGGGCUGGCUGAAUUUCUAGGCCAGCUACGUCAGCGCGCACGACCCUACGCCCUCCUCAUCGAAUCUCCCAUCAUUGCGUCAUCCAAACUGGCGCAGAUUCAGCGAUUAGCGGACCUCCGUGCUUGUCUGAAGCGGAACAGCAUUGAUGUCAAGAUCGUCGCAGACGAAUGGUGCAACACGCUGCAGGACAUACGGGAUUUUGCGGACGCAGAUGCGGUCGACUACGUGCAGAUCAAAAUGCCCGAUCUGGGCGGGGUGGAUCAGAGCAUUGAUGCGGUGCUGUACUGCCACGACAAGGGGAUCGGGUGCUGUUUGGGAGGAUCUGCGAAUGAGACGGAUGUGUCCGCUCGCAUCACAGCGCAUGUGGCGUUGGCGACUCAGCCAGAUUUCUUGCUGUCGAAGCCGGGGAUAGGGGCUGAUGAGGGGUUGAUGAUUCUUACCAAUGAGAUGCUGCGGGGAAUUGCAUUGGCGAAGGGAGCGCAUUGUAGAUUGUAG